AUGGAACAAAAUUCCGAACCUACUGUUACCGAACCACAACAACCAGCUGAACAGCAGCAGCAACAAGAGCAUCAAGAACCACAAGAGCAAGCAGCUACUGAAAAUGCAGCUCCUCAGAACGAAACUCCAGCCCAAGGAACAAAUCCACCAGCGAACACUCCAGAGGCGGCUCCAGCAACUCAAGAGCAGCAACCACAGCAGAAUGAUCAAUCAUCUCAAACUUAUUACUCGCCUGUAGAAGCUAUCUGGGUUGAAUCACCACUACCAGAAUUCAUGUAUUUCUUGAACAGUAAUGGAACAGUUAUCGAGCCACAGUUAAAUAGCUUUUAUCCACCAGUUGGCCCAAUAGUAUAUGAUAGAAAUGGCCAUCCUUUCAAAGCUGUAUAUCCUGCCCCUAAGACAGCUGCCCAGAAGAUGGUAAUUGACAAAGAAACAUUACAAAGAGAGCAUUUGAAUCCAAUUGCUGAAAAAUUCCAUGAACUUUUCUCUAAGAAGAAAGAAGAACCAAAAUAA